AUGUCACAACAUCAAGAUACAUCUGCUUCUAAAAAUACUAAGUCUACUCCAAAAUUUAGUGUUCCUCCCAUGGGCGUCCCUGAUGAUGAGAUUUUGGAUGUUGCUCCUCUCUUUUAUAAGGAAGGAACACACUAUAUUGAUCGUGUUAUAAGAGACAUAGUUACUAGAAUUCUUAAUAAAGGCCACUCUGUGAAGGGGGUUUCUACUCCCCUUGCUCAAAUGUAUCCCCCUCCUAAUGUUGAACAACCUAGUGGUAAGGGUGAUGAUUCCUCCAGUUCUGAAAAGGCCUCGGCUACUGAAGGGUUGCGCUCUCUAGGGCAAACCGUGUCUGACAAAGGGAAAUCUGAUGGUAGCUCUGAUGAUCAAGAGGAAAGCUGGAUUCAUCACAUAAAGCCAAGUGUGGCUAAACGCAUGAAGACUCGCAAAGGAAAAUCUGUGGCUGAACUUAUGUCAGCUAGAGAAGCUAAGAAGACUGCUGUCAUUGGUCCCUCCAAACCAUGGAGCAAGGUUGAAAUAAAGAAGAGGAAGGUCAAAGAUGAUUCUGAGUUUGAAGAGGAUGUUGAGGAAGAUGUCCCUGACAUCUCGCCUGCGAAGAAAACUACUGUUAGGAAGUCUCCUGUUAAAAGAAGGGUAGUUGUGGAAAGGGAAUUGGGAAAAGAUGCUGCUGAUGUCAAGGAGGUCAUAGACCUGAUACAAGCUGCUGGGAUUUUGAAGACUGUUGUUGGGUUCUCUCAAUGCUACAAAGGUUUAGUCAAGGAAUUUAUUGUUAAUAUUCCUAAGGAUAUUUCUAAUAAGAACAACACGCAAUUCUGUAAGGUGUAUGUGAGGGGCAGAAAUAAUGAGGGUGCAGGAGAAUUAGAGGUUACAGACAAUCAGGUCUGUAGGGAGAUUAUAGCUAAGCAGGUGAAAGUUUGGCCUUUUAAAAAGUAUCUUCCUGCUGGGAAGUUGACUAUCAAGUAUGCUAUCCUGCAUAAAAUAGGAGCUGCUAACUGGGUCCCUGCCAACCAUAUCUCCACCAUUGCUAAUACUCUUGGGAGGUUUAUUUUUGCUGUUGGGACAAAAGUGAAAUUUGACUAUGGUAGAUAUAUGUUUGAUCAAAUCAUUAAGCAUGCAACUACUAAUGCAGUUAAGCUGCCAAUUGCUUUUCCCUCUAUGAUCUGUGGAAUUAUCUUGAAUCAACAUCCUGGCAGUCAUGCCGAGGAUAUUGUCAUGACAUCUGCCAUGAGGAGGCCAGUCUCAAAAGUUGGAGCAAUUGCUGAGCUUAAGGAGACAUGCAAAGAACUAGGUGAAGGGAUUAGGGUAGCCACAACUAGAAAACAAUCUUUGGAAGCCUUGAUUGAAAGCUUGGAGAAGACUGAGGGUGAAAAUGUUGAACAUGCUAAUGUCAGCCAUGAAGAAGAAGCUGAAGCCCACACCUCUAGUGAGAGGUCUGCUAACAAUGAUGAUGCGAGUGGCAAUUCUGCUUUUGGUGCUACUGAAGAGGCUGCAAACUCAAGCUCUACUGAGUAA